AUGACGCGGCUGAGAGGCUACGCGCAAGCCCGAUUCAUCACCCUACCCUCCCUCGCACUCCUUCCGAGCCCUGCCCACGUCGCUAUUACGCACUCGGUCGCCCAGGUUGCUUAUGGGACCUCGAGCUUGCUUUCUCCCGCACGCGCACACUUGCAGCACUCGGCCCCUUCGGCACCGCAUGUUGGCCGAGCGGCUCAGGCACAGAAGACGUCGCCCGAGCGCACGCCAGCGGUUACCCCGCAUGAUGCGGUGAUGAGGAAUGAGCUCGAGGGCGUGUUGAGGGGUGCCAAGCAGCAGGGGAGGAGGCAGAAGAGUACGGAGAGGAGUAGUUGUGGGAGUGGGAACUCGAUGGUGAGUAGUAGGAAUCUCAGCACAGAAAGUGACCUGUUCUUCGGCGCGAAUGGCGAGGUAAGUGUCACUGUCACAUUGCUCUCAUCGGCGGAGUCAAAGACGAGCAGCUUCUCGUCUCACAGAUGCUGCACCUACCUUCUUGCCCGCGUGAUUGCACGCACCUCGCACGCUCGCCCGCCGUCACUGUUGCAGUACUGCCUAUAG